AUGCAGAGAUCAUUCUUCUCUUCAGAAAAGGCCUUUAAUGCGAACCUAGACUAUCGUAUGCCAAUAAGUCUAACAAGGGGCGUUAGACAUGGAGAGACAAUAUCGCAUAAGUUAUUUACUUUAGCUCUAGCAGACAUAUUUAAGUGUUUAUGGUGGGAUCAGAAGGGUGUCCGUAUAGAUGGAGGGCGUAUCAACCCCCUUCGAUUGGCCGAUGCUAUAACUCUAUUCAGCAGCGCCCCACAUGAACUGGCAAUAAUACUCCAGGAACUCAAAGAUGCUUCCCAAGGCGUGGGCCUCAAAAUGAACCUUCAAAAUAUCCAACUUAUGAGCCCUGAAACUGUAAAUGCCUCUGUCGGUAAUCCUGACUUGGGAGUGGUCAAGGAGUACAUAUACCUAGGACACAAUGGGUCCAGCUUGGAAAGGAAAAUCGGACAUCAGAGAUCACCAGAAGAAUCAAUCUCACCUGGAUGGCAUUUGGAAUUUUUAAAAUAA